AAGCAUUCGACUGAAAUGAACGAAUCGGACAUCGCUAGUGCUCACCACACGAGAAGAAGAGCAGUUUAUAGCAUACUCACAUCAGCGAAAACAACAUCAGCAGCACAUCAUUUCAUCUCACCGGUAAAUGCCUGAAGAUUCAACAUGGUUUGCGGAGGAUUUACGUGCUCGAAAAACGCCCUCUGUUCGCUAAAUGUAGUUUAUAUGCUGGUGGGUCUUCUGUUGAUUGUAGUAGCAGCAUGGGGGAAAGGCUUUGGCAUCGUCUCCAGCAUCCACAUCAUUGGCGGCGUGAUUGCCGUGGGCUUCUUUCUGCUUCUGAUCUCCAUUGUGGGGCUCAUUGGAGCCGUCCACCAUCACCAAGUCAUGCUUUUCUUUUACAUGGUCAUUCUCUUCAUUGUCUUCCUCUUCCAGUUUGGAGUUUCUUGUUCUUGCCUGGCCAUGAACCAGGGUCAGCAGGAGAAGCUGCUGACCUCGUCCUGGAGAAUAAUGAGUAACGAUACAAGAAUAAGUCUUGAGAAAAAACUGGACUGCUGUGGCCUGUUCAACAACACUCAUCCCCAGACAGAUUUUGUGUCUGACUUAAACCUCUGUGAAUCUCUAUGUGUAGGAAAGAAAUCCUGCCUCACCUGCGGUGAAAAGAUGCUCCAACAUUCAUCAGAAGCUCUGAAGAUUCUGGGAGGAGUCGGCCUCUUUUUCAGCUUCACAGAGAUCUUAGGAGUUUGGCUGGCCAUGCGCUACAGGAACCAAAAGGACCCGAGAGCGAACCCCAGUGCUUUCUUAUAGUCUCUCAGACCGUCUGUCCUAAACUACGUUGAGUGUAGUCCAGCUAUUCCAGUUCCCUUUUGCACAGGUAGAGUGGAGCGCACCAAGAGACAUUUCAAGCAUUAAACACAGAUCCCCGACACCCCGUUCAGAACACACAAGAUAACGCACCACACUCCACAUACAAACACAUCCAUUUUGAUGAUAGAUCUGACCCAUUUUCCACACAAGGUCUGCAGAGGGCUAAUUUAAACCAGCAGGAGGAGGGAUCAUGUAUGAUAGGAUGCUCGUUCUGGCACUCCCUCCAUCCUUGAUGUGAGAAGCUCUUCCUGUUCUGUGUAUGCAAACCGAAAAUCUGCAAUGUAAAAGCCAUCGAUGUCUGCAUGUUCAUAGCCUCAGAAUAGUUUCCUGUGACAUGGUCAGCUCACUUAUGGACACAUAACCAGGUAUGUAGUGCUGAAAUAGAUUCAGAAAGUUAUCCCACAUCAACUAUAUUAAUGUUUAGUAUCAGUUAGGGUGAAAUUCUGUCGCGUAUCUCCCAGGAAAACAGCAUCCAGGUCUGCCUCGAAUGAGUGCAGACCUGAUAAACACCGGUGUUUUGUGCAAUGCUUUAUGGAAUCCGUCUCAAUGAGGUGACCUGUCCAGCCUAUGGGGUGUUAGUUUAGGAAUUAGACGUAGAACGUGAAUAUUUAAAAAAAAGAAAAUAAAAACUUGUGUAACUGAGCCAUGUGAAUAGGAGGAUUUACCCUGCCGACGGACUGCAGCCUUCCUGUUGUACAUAUAGUGACAGGG